AUGUCUACUAAGUUUGAUCUCAAUCGGUAUCGUGUUCCGAGUAAGCUCUUCAUCCAUGGAGAAUGGGUCGAUAGCAAAAGCAAUAAGACGCGGGCAUUCAGCUCAAUUGUAUCUGGCCAAUCCAUUUGCCCAGACGUUCAGUGGGCAAAUGCGGAGGAUGUUGAUAUUGCUGUGGAAUCUGCCAUGAAAGGUCUGAAGGCAUGGCAAGCAAUCAGUAAAACAGAAAGACGAGCUCUCCUUCUGCGUUUUGCAAAGCUUGUGAAAGAACAUACUGAUGAAUUGGCUUGGCUUGAUAGUAUCUUGACGGGUAAGCCUGUCGGACUUGGCAGGUUCGAGGUGAAUGCUGUUGUUGAUGCACUUGAAUACUAUGCCACUUUCAUGGACAAAUUCCCAGGGGAGACGACUGUAGUCGAAGAUGAAGGACUCACGUACACCCACUAUCAGCCGUAUGGAGUAUGUGCCGCGAUGUUACCUUACAAUGGGCCUCUUAUAUGCACCGGGAUGAAGCUUGCUCCUGCCCUUGCAGCAGGGAACGUCCUUAUUUCCAAAACAAGCGAAACAAACCCAUUUGGUUGCCUUCGCCUUGCGGAACUAGCUGUUCAAGCUGGAAUCCCUCCUGGCGUCGCUAAUUGCAUCAACGGCGACGUUGAAGCCGGCAGCGCUUUAGCAUCGCAUAUGAAGAUACGCAAGAUCAGCUUCACUGGCAGCGUUGCUGUUGGAAAGCAGAUUCAGAUCGCUGCUGCUAAGUCAAAUCUGAAACGUGUCACUCUUGAAUUGGGCGGCAAGAGUCCUAUAAUUGUGUUUCCAGACGCCGAUAUGGAUAAAGCGGUGCAGAUGUGCACGCUUUUCUUGACAUUGAAUGGUCAAGGCUGCAUACUUCCUACCCGCGCAUACGUGCACGAGUCUGUAUUCGACGAAAUCCUCUCUCGAGUAAAGACGGUUGUGCAAUCGUAUCGGGAAAAUAUGCGGUCUGAUCCCUUACUGGAUGAGACCUGGAGUAUGCCCUUGUUUCACGAACGACAGAGGGAUAGUGUGCGCUCAUUUAUCGAAAGAGCAAAGCAAGAAGCAACUUUGGUCGUUGAUGGUUACCCUGAAGACCCUAAAGAUCCCUACAUUGGUCCGACUAUCUUUACAAACCCUUUACCUACAGCCCAAGUUUUACGAGAAGAGGCAUUUGGGCCUGUGCUUGUUAUAUGCGCAUUCAAUGACACUGACAAGGUCAUUGAACUUGCCAAUGAUACGGAAUACGGUCUAGGGGCCUACGUAUGCACGAAAGACAUCGGAACUGCGCUUCGGCUUUCAAAUAAGCUUGAAGCGGGGUCGAUAGGGAUCAACAGGUCGGCUUAUGCAAUUGAAACUCCUUUUGGUGGUUGGAAACAAAGCGGUCAAAAUGUAGAAAACGGCCGGGAGGGUUAUCGUGACUGGUUGCAAGUGAAGACCAUUGUCAUCGGUGCAUCAUGA